CGGAAUGGGAAACCACGCACAACGACUUGAGGCUCUCUGAACUGCCGAGAACAACAAUUAACAAAAUUUUCAAGUGAUUCAAGAUCAACAGGCUGCACUCCAACUCACCAUGACUCAAAUUGCCCAAGCCCAUGCUGCCAAAAAUUACAAACCCCACUCCAAGGAGGGAGACAAGUCCGUUAACAACGUUUCCCACCAUUAGCAUCCCGAUGAUCGUGGCAAACAACCAUUCUUUGGUGUUAAGCUUGCCAACCUUGAAUUCCCAUCCUUCGCUGGUAAAGACCCGACAAUCUGGUUCUCUAGGGUAGAACAAUUCUUUGAGUUCCAAGAGAUCUCGAAGUAACAAAAAGAAAAUCUUGCACCAUAUCACCUAGAGGGCUCACUAUCACAUGGGACGUCUUCUCGUCCGAGCUCUGGAAUUGAUUCGGCAAAAUAGGGGGUACCGACUUCGAUGAAACUCUCUCUUGCAUUCGUCAGACCGGUACUUUGAAGGAUUAUUUCACCAAGUUUGAACGAUUGGGUAACCGAGUUCACAGGUGUACUCAACAAGCCUUCGUUGGGACCUUCUUGGGUGACCUCAAACCUGUCAUUUUCGACGAGAUCCGGAAUUUCAAUCCCAAGACUCUGAAAGAAGCAAUCAGCCUUGCUCGGGCAUGCGAAGAGAAAUUAAACCGCCACGGCAAUCCCCCAUGGCAACCCUUCCGAUCGGUUAUGGAUUACACGCCGUCGUGACCUAAGCCGAGGGCGACCAAUAAACCACCUGCAAAUCUGAAUUCAAGACCACAGCCGUCGGGAUCGAAGAGGCUGAGCUAUGAGGUGAUGCUCCGCAGUCAUCAAUUGGGUCUUUGUUUUAACUGCAAUGCCCCUUACUCUUCUACGCACCGCUGUUAGGGUGGAAAACUUUAGAUUAUGUGGAACAACGAUGAUGAAGAAGACCUGAAAGAGAUUGAAGUUUCGAUUUAAUCUUCACACUAUUCCACUUUUUGGAUUUGAUAUCAUCCUUGGGGUACAAUGGUUGGCUUCCUUGGGCACGGUCUAAAGUAAUGGAGGACAUUAGAGAUGGAAUUCUUCUAUAAUGGCAAUCUCCAGAAAAUUCAUGACAUCAAACAAAGUCCACCCAAGGCCACGAGCUUUGAGGAAAUUUUCAAGGAAGAGCACGACCUCAUGGCCCUCUGCCUUCCGCCAGCGGAAUCCGACAAACUUCGCCGAAUUCCCACCGAGUUAUAUGCUCCCAUCCGUAAAUUUGGGAAUAUCUUCGAAGACCCGGACUAGCUACCAUCUGCUCGAGCAAUUGAGCACAAAAUCCAGCUCAAGCUGGAAGCCAAAGCUUUUAAUGUGUGCAUGUAUCAUUAUGCCCACUUCCAAAAGGCUGAAAUUGUAUCCCAGCUGAACAAGACGCUCGUGACAGGACUCAUUCAGCCAAGCACUAGCCCAUUCUCCUUACUAGUGCUUCUCAUGAAGAAGAAAGACAGAACUUGGCAUUUUUGUAUGUAUUAUAGAGCUCUGAACUUGGUCACCAUCAAGGAUCGCUUCCCGAUCCCAACCGUCGAUGACAUGCUCGACGAGCUCUAUGGGGAGCCUACUUCACCAAGCUUGAUCUGUGAGCGGGGUACCAUCAAGUCAGAAUGCACGUCAAGGAUGUGCCAAAGACCACUUUAAGAACACACAAUGUGCACUACUAGUAUCUCGUCAUGGCUUUCGGCCUUCGCAACACCCCCUCAACAUUCCAAGCGAUUAUGAAUGAGAUCUUCCGACCCCUUCUCCACAAAACCAUCUUGGUAUUCUUCGAAAAAAUAUUGGUUUAUAGUCUGGAUAAGGAGUCAGGCGUCAACCAUGUUUUCCAAGUCUUCCACAUCUGCAACACCAUCAGUUCUUCAUUAAAUUCAACAAAUGCGGGUUUGGUUUGACGGAAAUUGAGUCACUGGGGAAUUUCAUUUCCGCUACAGGUGUCAAGGUAGAUAUAAGGAAGAUAGUCACCAUGGUUGAUUGCCUCAACCCACAACCAUCACCGAACUCUGUGGCUUUUUCAGACUUACCAGCUACUAAUGAAAAUUAGUCCGCAACUAUGGCAUCAUCGCACGAACUCUCACUAAGUACUCAAGAAGGGAAAAUUUUGUUGGUUAGAGGAGGUGAAUGCAACAUUCCUAAACCUCAAGUAGACCUGGCAAUCGGGUCGGGUUGGGUAAUUUUGGGUUGGAAACUUUGGUUACGGGUCUGGUCAUGGUUGGCUUAUUUCGGGUCAAAUAUUGACCCAACCCAUUCGGUUUCGGGUCGGGUUACAGGUCUUUUCGGGUUAUGAGCAUUCUCAGAAACAAUAUCAAACAUGCUUCAUAUUUUCUUAUAUGCAUGACAAUAGUUUACCUAACACAUGUCAAUUAACAUAUUCUCAAAUCCUCCCACGCUAAUGAAAUGAAAUAUAAAUUGCACAAAUCUUCAAAAAACAAUCACAAGAGUAAUACUACUACAAGAAACACAUGAUAUUUAAUUAUCCUUAAACUCCAAACAUGUCAUUCAAAUCCUUGUAUUUUUUUAAACAUCUCGCCCUCGAUUUUUCCCAACCUUUCAUGGUGGAAACUGAUGCCUCUGACUACAGAAUUGGGGCAAUUCUGAUGCAGCAAGAUCAAUCGAUUGCAUUAUUCAGUCACGCGUUGGGAAAAUUACAAGAGUCUCUCUCCAUCUACACUAAACAAAUGCUUGCGAUUGUCAUAGCAGUACAUUCCUGGCGUCCAUAUUUAUUGGGUCGGCGUUUCAUCAUUAGGACUAACCAGAAAAGCCUCAAACAUUUUUUGGACCAAUGGAUCACUACCCUCGAACAGAAAAAGUGGAUCUCUAAGCUACUGGGCUACGAUUAUGAGAUCAUCUUCAAGCCCGGGUCCAAAAUUAGGCCGCCAAUGCCCUUAGCCUCCGACCCAAUGACGCGACUUUGUUUGCCCUAUCCAUGCCAUUCACGUCUCUUUGGGAUUCCGUACAAGCUACAACAGCUACUCACCCAUACAUGGUCCAAUUACGACAGUGGGCGACAUCUGCUUCUCCCAGCUCCUUUACCAUUCACAACAACAUGUUGUAGCGCCGCGACAAGCUCAUCAUCCCUCUCUACUCCUCCCAUGUCGGGCAGCUCCUCCACGAGUUCCAUUCCACACCCAUGGGCGGCCAUUCGGGGGUUACCCGCACUAACAAAAGGUUAGCUAAUCAUUUCUAUUGGCCAUUCCGGGGUUACCCUCACCCUAAUGUUAAGUUCAACAUUCAAUUCACUUAAAUUCUCCUCACUUCACUACCUAAUAUGAUUCUCCCAAAUUAAAUGAGGUAAAGCUGGAAAAAAAACCUGGAUACUUGAUAAACCGUUAAUUGCACAUGUUUUUACCCCUAUUCUUGAGUCGUUUGAGAUGUUGAUUCUCGUGUUUUAGGCCGAUUUCACGCUAGGUUGUGCUUGUUUGUGAUAUUUCAGGUCCUAGUACGUGAAUGAAGGUUUGGGAGCGAGUUCGGGGUCGAUUGGACGAAGAUAGGACGUGUGGCGAGUCGCUGAGGAAGCCACACGGGCACACAUAAAACCCACACGGCCGUGUAAGGAACCAAUGUGGCCGUGUGGGAUUGUGCGAGCCUUCACACGGGCAUACUGGAGGCUCCACACGACCGUGUGUCCCUGGCCGCGUAGGAAGCCUGAAAUCCACUUAAUCGGAACGCCGCGUUUUGGACCUCACACGGGCAUCUGGGUAGAUCACACGGCCGUGUGGCUUGCCCGUGUGAGUCGGGAAUUCUGGUUUUUACCCAAUUUCGAGCCACAAGUGAGAGAAUCGACUUUUCAGAGCAAAAACAGAGCCCUAGAGAGAGAAAGUGCGAAGAACACAUCCUAGAAGCGAUCUUGGAGCUGGGUUUCGUCGAAUCGGGCUUGGAGAUCAUCAUAGGAGUGGAAAUCAUCAUCCCAGAGCAGAUUCUUUCCAUUGUUAUGAGUAUGACUGGACUGCUUUGUAUUCUGUUUUCCUCUCUCUCUCUCUCUAUGGAGUAGAACCCUUCUCUCACUUGGGUGUGAAGAACCCUAGUUCCAUGGGUUAGGGAUUUGAUUGUAAUGACUUGGGAUGAUUAUACUGUUUGGUUUUAAUCGAAUGAUGCAUGUUUCAUUGAAUUAAUUGAAGUCUGAUCA